GAAACAAUAUAUAAGGCGAAUGAGACGUCUCGGGCGAUAUUAAACUGUCGACGUGUUAUUUUUUAUUUCAGUAUCGUGAAAAUCCAAGAAAAACAGAAACUAAUUCACCGUGGUCUGUGUUCGUAUCAAUUGUAAUGUUAUAAUCAUAAAUUCCUGUUGUUUCAAUAAUUUACAAUAUCACUGAAACAUUUAAAUGUUUAUUUUAAAUAUCAAAAUUAUAAUGAAAAGUGUAUACAAAAAUGCAAAUAAGUUUUAGUAAGAAUAUAAAGUAGAAGAUGAAUCCAUACACAAGAAAACCUUACUUAUUCUAUAAACCAUUAGAGUAAUUAGAAUAAGAGAUCCAAACGAAUGGCUAAAAGAAGUGCGCAAGCAGUACUUCAAGAAGAAAUCAAUAACAAUGAAGAUUGGACAAAAAUUAUGGAAAAUCCGGGAAUGUAUGUUAUCGAUAUUUAUUCAGAAUGGUGCGGUCCUUGCGUAGCGAUGAUAACAUACUUAAGAAAAAUUAAAAUGGAAUUAGGAAAUGAAUAUUUAAAUUUCGCUAUAGCAAAAUCUGACAACAUAAAUGUGCUAAAAAGAUUUCGGCAAAAAAGUGAACCCUAUUGGAUGUUUUUUUUUGAUGGGAAAUUGGUCAAUGUCAUUAUUGGCGCUGAUGCUCCCAGAUUAAUUCGAUUAAUAAUAGAGGAGUUGGAACAGUAUGUUAAAUACAAGAAUGGAGAAAUUCAUAAAGAGUUUAUACCAAUAAGUAAAGUGACUGAUGAGGAACAAAAAAAAUUAACUGAAAUUGAAAACUACCGAAAACAGAAAACUAAAAAAGAAAAAAAACUUAGAGAUAAAAGAAUGAUGAAAGUGAGAGAACGUGCUCUGAAACAAUUUUCAUAUAACAUCCAAAUGCAAACGUGUGUCAUGUUUUUCCCUCACACAGUUCAAUACAUUAUGGUGGAAAAACCAUUGGAAGAAGGUGCUGAAGAACUCGAUGAACCACCUGAACCUGUGAUGAUAGAAAAAAGGGUUUGUGAGGUAGCCAACUCGUGUGCUAGUAAGUAUGAAGAACUUAUCGUUAUUGAAGCAAAAGAAUUGAAAUUGACAGAAGACAAAUUGUCUGAGAUGUUUUUUACGGAAAGAGAGUUUUUGGAAAGUUUUCCGCAAGAAUUGAUCGAUGAAUUAUUGAGUAAAAAUGUGUAUUCUGUAAUGUUGUCAAUGCCUACUGUCAAACACGAUACCGCUACUGAAGAAGUCGCUGAAGAUGACGAAAAUAAACCCGUUUCUAUCGAUUUAAUGGGAGAAAUAGAGCUGAAGUUGAGCACGAUAAUUUAUGGUGAUAAUGGAAGCCCAUUAAACCCUAGUCCAAAUUCACUUGCAGAUAUACAUUCGGUAAUAAAUGAAAAUGGACAAAAAAUACCAUCGGUAUACACCCCCAGAAAUCCGUUGAGUAAAGCUUCGGCACUUACUAUUUUGUUUCGCAAAUUCUGUAAGAACCAAGGAUACGUCGCACCCCUGCCUCCUGCACCACAGUACCUUAUUAUUUUUGAUAUCAACAAAUCUAAUACUGUGUUGCCAAUCAUCGAAGAUCUGGAAGAAACAGUAGUGUACUAUGGGUUUUUUCGUAGCGCCGAUCCCGAAAACCCCAAACUAUUAUGUAAAGACCCCGAAAUGUUGACUAAAUAUGGUAUGGACAAGAUUGGUAAAGAAGCCAAAUUAGUGUUGUCUGUGCUCAUGGACGACAAGGACAAAAGCCUGUUACGGUUUGUUGACGUGGGGCCGAUAUACGUAAGCCCUAAUGAGGAAGUGGGCAUUGACGAUGCUAUUAAAUUUUUCCCAUACAACUUCGACGAGAUGGAUGGUGAAAUAAAGUUGUGGUUAGAUCAACAAGAGAUUCAGAGUGAAGGUGUGGGCGAAGAGUAUGACUUUGGUGAAGGUGAAGAGGGAAUAAUAGAAGAAUACUCCUCGCAGGAUCAGUAACAGGACCCAACGAAAUAGAUUAUCGGUUAAUAUUAGAUUUUCCCGCGGAUUCCAACAGCUUAGUUAUUUACAAUCAUUGGCGUGGAUUCUAGAUUGUUUUUGUUUCAAUCUUAAUAAUAUGUGUAUACUUAAUUGUACAUAAUAUAUAUUUAUGUCAUUCUAUUCAUAAUAA